AAAAAGUGAAAGGUAUAUAAAGCAAAAACCAACAGCAAAGAUUCUCCAUAAACACUUUCCUAAUGCUACAGUUUUCCUUAACUAUACAAAAUCUUGGUAGAGAAAAUCUUGAAGCAAAUCUCACAUGGCCAUUUCAAAUUUGUCCAUUUUUAUUAUUUUCCUUGUACUUCAAUUUCUAUGCAUAACAGAAGCUCAAUCAAGCAUUUGUAGAAAUUCGUGUGGCGAUAUCCCAAUUCAGUAUCCUUUUGGCAUUGAUGAUGGCUGUGGAAGUCCAUUUUAUCGACACAUUCUUGUAUGCACUGGUGGACAGCUUCAACUUAGAACCCCUUCUGGUAGAUAUCCUGUUAGAAAUUUAAGUUAUAUGGAUCCACAUAUUCUUGUGACCGAUCCCUUAAUGUGGAAUUGUCUAGAUGGUGACAAUUUUCGACCUACCAGGCCGUUUAGUCUAGAUACUAGCACACAUUUCACUUUGUCCUCUGAAAAUGACUACUUGUUCUUUAAUUGUAGUGAAAGUGAUGUGUUAGUUGAGCCAAAACCAAUGUUCUGCGAGCGUUUCCCUGAUCAGUGUGAUUCAACUUGUGAUAGUUCGAGUUAUCUUUGUAGGCACAUGCCUGAAUGUCCUACUGCUUUGAGGAGUAGCUCUUGUUGUUCUUACUAUCCCAAAGCUACUGAAUCUUUGAGGCUGAUGUUGAAGCAUUGUGCAAGCUAUACUAGUGUGUAUUGGAGGAAUCUUGGUUCAACCCCAGCGUUUGAUCAGGCUCCUGAGUAUGGGAUUAGAGUUGAUUUUGAUAUUCCAGUCACUACGCGAUGCUUGCAGUGUCAAGAUACUGCUAAGGGAGGGGGAACUUGUGGAUUUGAUAUAGAAACACAGGAUUUCUUGUGCUUGUGUGACAAAGGGAACAGUACUACUUACUGUAAUGAUCAUACGAGCUCCCACAGAAGAGGAGUUGUAGCAGGGACAGCAACUGCAGUUUCAGUAGCAGGGGCAUUUGGAAUCGGAGCUGGUGUAUGGUACUUGAAGAAACUCAGAGCAAAAGCACCGGUAACUCAUGGAGUUCAAACCAAUGAGAAUAGACUCUUCUGAGAUCUUCUUUUGAAGUAAACUAAAAAAUUGCUGUAUUUCUUACUUUUUUUUCCCUCACUUCUCUUUACCAUUUUUCGACUUGUUUUCCCCCCUUUUCUCUUUUACUUUUUUAUAUAGCUUAGCUUAUUCUUGCACUUUAAUUGGUUCUGUUUGUAAGUUGAAGGAAUCAACUUUUUGUCUUAGCAUGUUUUGACAUUGCUUGUAUGUGGAGUAAGGAAUGUCUUUAGAGAACCACUA